AGUAAAUUCACCGGCAUCAACCGUUCGUCAGCGCUCAAGGUGCCAACCGUGCCUACCUAAUUCCUACUCGCUAGGUACCUACCUACGUUACUCAGAGGCCACCUCUCCAGACUCGUAACUUAACUACCUCAUAAGCGACCAGUCGUGCUCCCACCCUCUCUAACUUCAGUCGCUUCCCAAGCCGGCGACUUAUCUGACAAUUCAUUGCAAAUUCAACUACGUCUCUCCGUGUAGUCACGGUCAGUCGUUCGGUCUCUUCUGUCGACAAGCAUCGCAAACGUGGUGUUAUCCGUCGUCCCCGACGCUUUUGCAACCCCUCAACCUAGCUACACGCUUAGACGACCAAGAUACUUAGACGGCACUUCACGCCCUUCUGUUUCCGCACAGCUCCGGCACAGCAGGCAAUGAGGGCAACUUCUUUGUCAACGCAUCUUCGCCUCUGAAGCACUCUCGUCCCAAUUCGUUACGCAGCAUGGACCAGAUGAUGGGUGACGGGGGCCGAUUCCCCCUUGAGACGUGGUUCUGGGAAAUGCCCAUUUGCACCAGAUGGUGGACGACUGCUACCGUUCUGACUAGCGCUCUCGUACAAUGUCAAAUGGUCACUCCCUUUCAGUUGUUUUACAGCUUUCGCGCUGUCUUCGCCAAAUCCCAGUACUGGCGUCUUCUUACUACGUUCCUCUACUUCGGUCCAUUCUCGCUCGAUCUGCUAUUCCACGUCUACUUCCUUCAGCGCUACGCGCGAUUACUCGAGGAGUCCUCUGGCCGCUCCCCAGCACACUUUUCCUGGUUGCUCGUUUACUCCAUGGCGAGUCUUCUUCUCUUGUCGCCACUGGUCUCGAUGCCGUUCUUGGGGCACCCACUCUCUUCAACUCUCGUUUAUAUUUGGUCGCGGCGUAACCCGGAUACGAGAUUGAGCUUCCUUGGACUGCUGGUCUUCACAGCCCCCUACUUACCGUGGGUUUUGAUGGCCUUCAGUCUUAUCCUCCAUGGCUCUAUUCCCAAGGAUGAAAUUAUGGGCGUGGUGAUCGGUCACAUCUGGUACUUCUUUACUGAUGUAUACCCGCCUUUGCACAAUGGGUCGCGUCCUUUCGACCCUCCAGGCUGGUGGAGGAGGCUUUUCGAGAGGCGGCAGGUGGAGGAAACAGCUGAUGGCAUCAACAACGAGAUUGCCAUUGCCGGAGGCCCAGAGCUUGCUGCUGAUGUACGAUGACGGGACAUGUUGGGCAAAGAGACGCACGUUGCGAAGAGAACAUGGAGACGGAAAAGCUGGUGGGAUUAGCAAUAUUUGCAUGGUUCUUGGCGUUGGGGUAUCAAUACCGCCAUUAAGCGGCACAUGUCUUUGUAUCCAUGCAUGAUCUUCAUCAACGAAGCACCUCAGGCUUGAAUUCGCCAUAAGCAUAGAAGCAUAGAUACCUUGGAGCUAACUUCCAC